AUGUCCGGGAAGUUUUCGAAGAAGAAUUCGCAGAGGUACGUUGUUGUGCACAGGCCGCACGACGAUCCGAACUACUACGAUGCCGGGCGUUCGCAACAUGUGUUCGUGCCCGUGGAGGAUAAGAAUGCUGAGCACAGGGCCAGAAAUGCACCCUCUGCGCCAGCUAUGCCAACAGCACCAGCAGCGCCUGCAGCUCCCGCAGUGAGUAAGAACGAAAACGCCGGGACUGCGGCGCUGUACGGUAUUGAGUUUGACGACUCGAAGUACGACUACACGAAGCAUUUGAGACCCAUCGGUGCCAACCCAGAUUCUGUGUUUAUUCCAUCGAAGACAAGCGCGCAAGGUGGCUCGGUGGGGAAAAAACAGAACAUUGAAGACCUGUUUGUCGAGCCAGGGUACAAAGAGGAGCAACGCGCCGCUGCAAACGUGAAACCGCGUCGUAUUAUGCCCUUUGGUAACUCCAAGGAAAACACCGAGUAUUUAAAGCAUCAGCAGGAUGUCACGGACGAUAUUAAAGGGUUUAGGCCAGAUAUGAACCCGGCGCUAAGAGAGGUUUUGGAGGCACUGGAGGAUGAGGCGUACGUGGUUAACGACGAUAUAGUGGUGAAGAGGCAACCUAAGACUUCUGAGGGUGCUCGGUCAGGAGCUGAAGCAGAGGAAGAUGAUGAGGACGAUAUUUUUGCCGAGCUGAUGGGCGGCGGUGAAGCCGUUGACGAGGACGAGUUUGCAGAGGAGUUCGACGAGUGGGAUAAUGUAGACUACGACAACUACGAAGACGAAAAAUACCAAACGGAGUUGAACCAGUUUGAUAAGUUGGACAACCUGGAAGACCUGACACACAUAGACUACCAGACAGAUGUCAGGAGAUUCCAAGCACAGAGCAAGCUCGAGAAGGAGGGGUUCGGAUCCGAUAACGAUUUUGACUCAGACGAAGAAGAACAAAACGAAGGUGAAGAGGAGGAAGAACAAGAUGCUUUUGGUGACCUACCAGGGGAUAUUCAAUUGAAGAGUGCAAAGAACAACAAGAAGAGCAAAAGGAAAGAACGUCGGAAGAAGGGUGCGAUGUCCGAUAUUUCUGGGUUCUCCAUGAGUUCCAGUGCAAUUGCAAGGACAGAGACUAUGACGGUGUUGGACGAUAAAUAUGAGAAUAUUAUCGGCGGGUACGAAAAUUAUGAGGAAGAACAGGAGGAGGACGAAAAUGAAAACUAUAAACCAUUUGACAUGACAGCAGAAAGACCAGAUUUCGAGUCAAUGCUGGACGACUUCUUGGAUAACUACGAGCUAGAAGGCGGUGGCCGUAAGCUAGUUAAAAAGGACGAAGAGCUUCAAAAGUUUAAGGACGCAGCCGACGAGGUUUCCAAGGGGAAGUUAUCGAAGAAAAGAAACCUGCAAAAACAACAACAGAAGGAAAAGAGUAAAAGUAAUGUUAAUACGAUCACAAAUAGCUUGACCGGACUAACGCUGUGA